CACUGAUUGUCCCCAUGGUUGGACUUGGAUUAGUGGUCGCUGCUUUCGCUACGUUCCAGCACUAAUGAACUGGGCUAAUGCUGAGAUAAACUGCUUGUACAUGGGGGCAAACCUUGCAUCAGUGCACAGCAGCUGGGAGUACCGUGAGAUUCAGAGGCUGACUGCCCCUUACGGCUACACAGAAGCUUGGCUUGGAGGAACUGAUGCACCCAAUGAGGGUGUUUGGUUGUGGACUGAUGGGAGCCGUUUCAACUACAGACGCUGGUGCAGCUGGGAGCCAAAUAAUAUGUUCUUUCAGCAUUGUCUUCAGAUGAAUUAUAGAG